AGCAGCCCCCAUCUGUCAGUUUGUUUUCUCCGAAACGUCCAGCGCGAGGUGUUUGUUACGACGACGAUACGACGGACAUCAAAGUGCACUGUGCAGUUAUUAGUUUGAUUUGCGAUUCGCGAUUUUCGGGCCCCCGAACCGAGCGAGAUUAUAGGUCUUUUCGAGCCAUUUCACUUUUUUCCGCGAUACGAGAUUGUUGGUUGUGUGGCGGAAUCGGACCCUGGCGUUUGGACACAUCGUCGCGCGAGUGGAGUGAAAAGUUUCGGCGUAAAAUAUCAAGGUGAAAAAGAAGAACAACAGCGGAGCUUCCUCGACGACGACAGCGGAGGUGGUGCUUCGGAAUAUUGAAAGGAGAAAUUUCCGCACCCCAGUGCCUAGUGGUCGUGGUCGUAGAUUUGUGUGGGCAAUUCCCGUGCGAGUGAAAGGUGGGUUGGGUGACGGGUGUGCGACAGAGUGUUACACGUCCUCAGGAUUACGCGAGUGCUGCUGUGCCCAUUGGAUUGGGAUUGGGUUUCCGGGUGUUUCGCUUCAGCCUAGUAGAGUAUUGAAAAAACCGUGGAAAAAACGGGUUCGGCUAGGGAGGUGAUUGCAAGGCGAGGAAAAUGUCAGAGAAACCAGCACAGAAGCUGUCGGAGUCGGACGAUUUUACUGAUAAUUCAGUAGAUAACGCCAACGAUGCAGCCAAAGAAGACACAUCGCAACAGAGCGGAUUAGCCACAGUGGAAUCAGAGUACGACACGGCAUCCGAUUCGCCAUCCGAUGGCGAAGAGUAUGAUGAUCAGGAGGAAGAUAGUGAUAGCCAAGAGGAAGAAGAACUAGUCACCGAUGGCGAAGAAGGUGAAGACGAUGAAGAGGAUGACGAUGGAUCGGACGAUGACGUCAUCGAAGUACUGGAUAACGAAAGACAGAGCGGCGAUGGCCAGGAGCAAGAAACAGACAGUAAGCGAAAGGUGGACGACGACGAGGACCGUAGCAAUCCACAGUACAUCCCGAAAAAGGGAACCUUCUACGAACACGAUGAUCGCACGUUGGAGGACGAGGAAGAUGGUAAGGCUGGUGACGAGAGUUUGAACAGCGAAGACCCGGUGGGACCGGGUGGGGACCGAAAGGUAGACAAAAAUGCAGUGUCCAAGGCGACCAAGAAAUGGCAAGCGUCAGCCGAUCGAUGGACGCACGAUCGGUUCGAUGAAAGUGAACAGGCUCCCAAAUCGAGGGCAGAGCUGGUUUCGGCCUACGGGUACGACAUCCGCAGUGAAGACGGUCCGCCACGGGCCCGCAGGAGGAGACGUUAUGCUCGAGGUCCCAACCGAUACACCAGAAAUUGGGAAGACGAGGAUGCUUACUCAAAAUCCAAUGUUGUAGAUCAUAAUCGACAGCGAAAGGUACCCCGGCCAGAGGAAUUCCCUGAGUUGGGUACUAACAACAACAGCAUCAGUGGCAGCAGUAAAUUGCGCCAGAAUGGACGACGAUCUAGUAAACAGCUGCUGCGAACGUCAGGAGAACGUGAUGAACUUGCGCCGGGGAGACCGCAGCGAGCGGAAAGAAGAACCAGUGAACGUAGUCGAGGAAGUAAUGGCAAUCGUGGCAGCAUGGGUGAUCGCGAUCGUGAUCGAGGAGCUGAGCGGGAUCGAAAUGAUCGAUAUGAGCAGCCACGACCGGAUCGCGAGCGAAAUUGGGACAGGGAGCGCGAUUAUGAUCAACACGGUAUGGAUAACUAUCGGGAUGGAAGGAACGAUGGCAGUAGAUACAGUUCAGAACGGAUGGCGAACAACAAUAGCUAUCACAACAAAGAGAACAAGAUUAGCAAUCGAGGCAGUAAAGAGAAGGACAGAAGAGGUAGCGAUUACAAGGUGAUUACUUCGCUACAAUUUAAGAAUCAAACUCGAAACAAGGCCAUGGAAGGAGGUGGUAUGCCAAUUACGGGAGGUAGCGGUGGCGUUAAUCAGGUUGUGCACAGUAAUAGCGCAGGCGCGUUGUCUGGCAGUAGCAAUAGCAACAAGAUGAACAAUGCAAUGGACCGUGUUCAACCAAUGCCAGACCGCAUGUUAGAUCAGCGUUCUGUUCAGCACCAUUAUCAGAAUCAGCCGCCGCAGAUGAUGCAGCAACCGCAGCAGCAACAGCAAGCGAUUCCACACCAGCAACAACAGAUGCCUCCGCCGCCCCAUCCACAAGUUCAACAGGCACAACCCCAACCACAGCCGCAACAAAUUCAGCAUCAUCAACAACAGCAGGCUUCGUAUGUGAAUGAUGAUCAUUAUGAUUCCUAUAACGAUUCCAAGAUGCCGAAAGAUGCUAAGUUCCCGUAUAAUCCUCCGGCAAAUGCCACAAUCCAAUCCGUAGAAAUUGGCCAGACCGACAUUGCCAAGUACCCUACUCCAGCGGGACAAAGGACCAGCAAAGACCGACAACCGGUGCUGAGCUCCACCUCGGCUGUCGCAUUGAACACUAGAUCUCAAAUAUCCCCACGGCAAAUUGUAUCCACACAAGCCAGUCAGCUUACUUCGAUUGCCGCAACUCAGCAAUUGACACACCAACAACAGCAAAUACAGCAACAGCAACCACAGCAGCCACAGUAUCAACUUCAACAACAGGCUCCGUAUCAACAGUUGCAUCCACUAACAACUCAGUCAGGUCCACCGACAGCAACUCAAGCUCCACAAACUCAGGUUCCACCACCACAGCUGCAGCAACAGCAAGCACCAGUUGCAGCACAAAUGCACAACGUCCAUAUGGGUGCCUCCGCCGUCGGUCAGCAGCAAUUGCUUGCCAACGACAGCAACUCCCGCUCAUCUAAACGCUAUUCCAGCACCAGGCAACGAUCCACUCUGGACAAUCCGAAUGUUGUUGUCGUGCAGUCACCACUCCAUGAGCAGCAGCAACAACAGUUGCUACAACAGCAACAGCAACAACAAUUGCUGCUCCAGCAAGAGCUUCAUCAGCAACAACAGAAGCUUUCUUCUCAGGCGCCCAAGCAGAACUAUCAAAUCAACCAGCCGUCGUUGCCGUUGAACCUACCGAACGACUACCUGGUUGCGAAUGCAGCACAACCAGCGGCAGUCAGUAAAUCCCAACCGACUGGUCAGUAUCAGCAUCCAGCGGCAUACUAUUCGGCUACCACCCCAACCGGAAGUGAAUUUGUCGCCGGAACACCCACCCAACCAGUCCCAGUGCAACAACAGCCUGCAGUCCCAGUGGUUCCCCAGCAGCAAAACCCUCUCUAUCAACAAUACACGGCACCCAGCCCUACAGCUAGCCAUCAAUACAUCCAAGCACCCCCGCCAGCUACAUACAUCCCUCAGACAACAACUACUCCACAACCUACCCCUCCAACCGCUCCAGCUGCUCCCCCACCUCAAAUGAUGAACUACGUCCCAACAAUUCCCCCAGCAGCUCCCGCCCAAUACCCGGCAGCCCCGUACACCGGGUACCAAAACUUCAACACUGUAGUUCCUCAACCGGUCACCCCUGCUGUCCCGCUCACACCCCCGCAACCGGCGGCAGCAGCCGUCUAUCCCAGUGGAAUCACAUACUACGCCCCCCAGUCCCAAACGCAAACUCCGCGACCACUGCCAUCCCAACGGCGCCCGACCAGUGCAAUCCCGAUUCUGGCCCCACCCGAGCGGAAGUCCAGAAACAACCGCCCCGGCGGUUCGGAUAACAACUCCGGCAGCGGUCCCAGUUCCAGCAUCAGCGAAACGACGGAGGACACAAGUGUGAGCGCCGCUGGACCAGCCGCCACCACCGCUGCUCCCGCAGCCGCCGCCAGCGACAUCGACCACAUUCUGGACAAUAUGUUCGUCCAGCGGCCGGUGUUCCAACCGCCCAUUCGGAAAAGUCCAUCACCGGCGCCCACAGCGGUAACGACGGGGACUGCGAGCGGGACUAGUUCCACCCCCGGUGCUGUGCCGGUAGUUAAUGCGGAUGCGACAAUGACCUCCUCCGAUGCGCUGAAGACGGCUGCUGAUAUGGAUUCGCUGGACAAGAUUGGCGAGUCGGUGAAGAAACUCACCAUCCAGGAAGAGAAGCUCCCCCUGGUGGACGCAGCUGGCCCCGAGAAGCUGGAAAUCACCCCAACGGUAGCCCCCGUCGAUCCGACAGCUGGUUGACGCUACUAGUCGUCGUCAGUGUCGCUACUACUACAGCAACAACAACAACAACAAUUGUAGACUCUCGUACUAAAACAGCAAGCGAUCGACCGUUGGGUACUUUUUGGUGUGCGCUCGCAUGAAACUACAGCUUGUUUUUUAAUGUGUAUGUGCGGAAGAGCACGAUGUCUUUCUAUUAUCUCGGCUUCGAACACAACUUUGAUCAUUGUUAUACCUGUAAUGUGUCCGUUGAAGAUCAAUGGUUUUUAACUGCUCUGCUAUCGAAUCGUGUACUGUUUUUGAUCCCGUGAGGAAACCAAUAAUGCUUAUCCCACUUUUUUACCUCCUGCACACUUUUUUUGCUUAGAUUGUUUCGAUUUGCGCGAAACAAUAGAUGUGUUGUAAUUUGCACCGAACAGACAGAGACGAUUAUGUUAUCCCAUUUCAAAAGUACAUACUUGUUUGGUUUGAAUCUCCGGAUUAUUAUAUUUAACGAGCAUUUUGUGGAUUUUGACAUUAAUCAAUGUGAAUGAAAACACAAAGCCAAGCUUCUAUUUGGCUAAUAUCUAGAAGAGCUUGAUCGAACAGUAUAAUGGAAGCCAUUAUAGCAGAUCAGCACCACACAGAAAUACCCUUCGCACGGAUCUCCGAAUCGACCCGUCACGACAUUUUGUGGAGGUCCAAGCAAUGCGGUUGGGAAUCGAUAAAAUGAUAAAAAUUAGUUUGGCUAAAACACACACACACAUACAUAUAUAUCAAAGUUUUUUGUUUUGUUUUCCCUUUUACUCCCCACUUGGGAUUAUAACAUUAUGAGAAUGCAUAAUAUAUUAUGAAUAUUACACAUAGGUGGAACACUAUUUAGAAGGUAGUACGCAAAGAAGUAACGAUCAAGAGUGAAAAGAAAUAGAAAGUUGAAGCUUGAAAUAAAAGCACACAUACACACACACACACGACAUACCCUGACUCCGUUACGGAUAGAUAUUGGAAUUUUAAAUACGCAUUCGAGCAUCGCGAUCGAACAACUCUAUGAAAAGCUAUUAAUAGGACUUUGAUUGUAAUGGAAAGAGAAAUUUAUGAAUUGUAUUUAUAAUUUACCAUAAGUUGAAAUUCUAUAGACACUACGAAGAAAAAAGAAAUAAAUAAACAAAAAAAAAAGAUAGAAUUGAACAACAUUAUUGUU